GUCGAAUUAAAUAAAUAUUCCGCGUAUAUAAAUGUCGAAACAUCGCAGAUCCUAUACGGUACUGGUACUCGACAAGAGAGGGACAACACAUCAUGGCUGGCACCAAGAAGCGCAACGAGUACGAACCGAUCCGAGACAGGACCGGACCGUCUGCAUCGCGGUACUCGUCGCAGCAACAGGCACGACCGACGCCGGAUAGUGCGAUCCCGAUCCAGAUUCCCCCGUAUGACAUCGAAGCGGGAAAGUUUGCCAUCCUCGAGAGGCAGAAACAUGUGUGGGCGACGUUGGACUCCCGCGCGCGGAAAAUCCAGCUUUUGGCGAUCUUGCAAGCCUUCAUUGGCAUCCUCGUGUCCAUGGACAGCGCGUGGUAUACACACAUCUUCGGCAUCGCAAUCGGUUUCGUCGGCCUCGUGGCCGUUCGUGGCGACAAGCCCGACGUGCUCAUGGUGUACUUGUUCCUAUGCGUCAUCGAAUUCGUCAAGAACAUGGGGUACAUUCAGGACGUGUGGUCUCAUUGGGGCGACGCCCCACCUGCCACAGCGAUACGGACCGCGUCCAACGGCACCGACGGCAGCAACAUUCAACAGUACGAUCCCACAGGGUACGCGAAGAGUGUGAACCGGUGGGUUGCUGUCGGUCUCGAGAACAAGUACUUGAUCUUUCAGCUGGUCAUGGUCGCGAUCGAAGAGGUCCUGCUCAUCGUACGUCGUUCUCAUUCUCUUCUCCACUGGAACUCACUCGUCCAUGUUAGCCAUGUGUCUUUGUGCUCGGGUAUGCUUCUGUCCACGCCGCGCUGCAGCACUUUUAAUUUUAGGGCCCCUUUUCAGAUGAAACCGUUUAUAUUAUUUUUCCACGUUUUCUUGCUAGUGACGUUCUCUCUUAUUAAUAGUUCGAAGUUUCGGUUGAUAGUUAUUUCCAUACAAUAAUACUGUAUAGCUAUCAUCAUAGAUAAGUUGAUAUUGAUAGUAUGAUAUUCU